UGCUGCUCCACUGGGCUGUAGAUUUCCUUAAGACCUUUAAACACACGCUGACAUCAUGGACUCCUUCCUCAGAUUCUCUCUCUCCCCCUCUCUCUCUUGUUUCUCUCUCCCUCUUGUUUCUCUCUCUCUCUCUCCCCUCUUCCCUCCCUCCCUCCUCCGUCCCUCCCUCCUCCACCCAAUCUCUCCCAAUCUUUCUUUCUCUCUCUUCAGUUCCUUCAGGUAAUUCCUACUCAAACUCGUUCCAACUUGUUUUUGACUGACAGUGAGCAGCAGCGAGGGAGAGUUUCUUCCCUGGGAGGAAGCCUGAGCACCUAUCUUCCCAACCUGCAGGGACGGGGCAGAUCUCUUCCUCCCGCAUCCAGCCAGGAGCCUGCACUGCACUGCUCCGUCCUGGGGUCCCGGCAGGCGGCCCCCAGAACAUGACCAUGGACGCCAUUCACAGGAGCAUGGUCAGUGCCCCCCUGAUGAAGCACACGGCCGGCGCCGGGCUCAAGGCCCAGAGACCCCGAGUGAUGUCCAAGAGUGGGCACAGCAACGUGAGGAUCGACAAAGUGGACGGCAUCUACCUGCUGUACCUGCAGGACCUGUGGACCACGGUGAUCGACAUGAAGUGGCGGUACAAGCUCACGCUGUUCGCCGCCACCUUCGUGAUGACGUGGUUCCUCUUCGGAGUCAUCUACUACGCCAUCGCUUUCCUUCACGGGGAUCUAGAGCCCAGCGAGCCCGUGUCCAACCACACCCCGUGCAUCAUGAAGGUCGAUUCGCUCACCGGGGCCUUCCUCUUCUCCCUGGAAUCCCAGACCACCAUCGGCUACGGCGUCCGUUCCAUCACCGAGGAGUGCCCGCACGCCAUCUUCCUGCUGGUGGCCCAGCUGGUCAUCACCACCUUGAUCGAGAUCUUCAUCACCGGCACCUUCCUGGCCAAGAUAGCCCGGCCCAAGAAGCGCGCGGAGACCAUCAAGUUCAGCCACUGCGCGGUCAUCACCAAGCAGAACGGCAAGCUGUGCUUGGUGAUCCAGGUGGCCAACAUGAGGAAGAGCCUGCUGAUCCAGUGCCAGCUGUCGGGCAAGCUCCUGCAGACGCACGUCACCAAGGAGGGCGAGCGCAUCCUCCUCAACCAGGCCACCGUCAAGUUCCACGUGGACUCCUCCUCCGAGAGCCCCUUCCUCAUCCUGCCCAUGACCUUCUACCACGUGCUGGACGGGUCCAGUCCCCUCAGGGACCUCACGCCCCAGAACCUCAAGGAGAAGGAGUUCGAGCUGGUGGUCCUGCUCAACGCCACCGUGGAAUCCACCAGCGCCGUCUGCCAGAGCCGAACGUCUUACAUCCCCGAAGAGAUCUACUGGGGUUUUGAGUUCGUGCCCGUGGUCUCCCUCUCCAAGAACGGCAAGUACGUGGCCGACUUCAGUCAGUUCGAGCAGAUCCGCAAGAGCCCGGAUUGCACCUUCUACUGCGCCGACGUGGAGAAGCAGAAACUCGAGGAGAAGUACCGGCAGGAGGACCAGCGGGACCGCGAGCUGCGGAGCCUCCUGUUACAGCAAAGCAACGUGUGACCCCGGGGGGGGGGGGGGAGGG